CUGUGUAUCAAUUUAUGUACAACGCUCGUCGUAAGGUUGUGUUUUAUUAUCUCUUUAUUCGGGCAAUAGCCUAUUAACAGAACAGCAAGCCUGCGCUGGUAGAUACUAAUUAAAGAUUCCGAAUUUACACAUUGAAGAAACAACCAAAAUCAUUACUGUCAUUGUGUUUUUUUUUGGGUUGUGUUUUUCAUUAGUAGUUUUAUGGCCAUCUGUUUGACUGGUUACUAGUUCCUGUGGCCAUACAAUCGAAUCAGCAUGGAUGAAGAUACAGACCAAACCGUCCCACCGCCAUAUCCUGGUGGUAGUACUAGUAUCCCGUUGCCAUCGCUGCCGGGGAUGGGUGGGCUGGUGUCGGUGGAUUUCAUUCCGGGCUGCAUAAAAGAGGGUGGAAUGUUUUCGCUGGCGGAAUACGAGCCCUUUUCGGCAGUUUUACGAAGGGCCAAUGAGUGGUUGGGCAGCUGCCCUACAUUACAGUUGAAAAGCUGUGAAACCGUGGAGUUCUUAGCAGCCCACAGCGGAGCACUGUUCAACUAUGUGGAAUCCGAUUAUCUGACCGGAUCCCACAGCCACAGUGUCCGAGCGCUGCGUUUAUGGUUGCAGCCAAGAACAGAUGGCUCUUCCGUUACCCAACAAAUUGGUUACUUUAACAUCAUUCCCGCCGCCAACCUUUUCAACAUCAACACCGGCCUCCUCGCCACCGUACGCCAAGUCACCGCCGAACGCUUAGACACCCUGAUCGAGCAGACCAACACCAUGCUGGUCCGGGAACCCGUCCCCGGCCGCAUCGUGACCAUUGAAACCGUAGUCCUCCAAGUCAAACCCGACGGGGGAAUCGAUUCGGAUAGCACAUCCUGGUUCGGAGUGGGUAACGCUCGUGACACUUUCGUCUGCAUGCUGCGCGUGUACUACGAAGCCGGACCACCGCAGUACGAAACCAUCGGUGUGGCGGAUUUUGUACCGGCUGUCUUGAUGGAAGGUGUAGGACUUCUGGGACCGCCUCUACUGGAACCGUAUCCACAGGUACUGGCGAAAACCCACCAUUGGCUGAUGAAUCAAUCGGAUAUCCGGGUGACCAACAUCCAGACCAUGCUGCACAAACAGAAACUGACGGCGCAUCUGGAUACACUGCGCAUGGCCUACACCGAAGAUAUGCUAUCAUAUUACGUUCGGUAUUUACGCGUGGCAUUUGUCAAAGUUAAUCCACAUGCCGUGCCGGGAAGCGGUAUUCUGCGACCGGUCAACUUGAAUUCGAAAUUAUUCGCCCCGGCACUGCUGCAGCCACCAAAGUGCUGCGUCAAUAUGGUUGGAGUUUUUGAAAGCCAGCUGCAGGUUCGCGAACGAAUGGCAUACUGGGUGCGAGCGACUGGCGCCAGGGUCAUCUCGGUAGAAACCUUUCCCAUGCGAUUCGUCACGGGCCAGGAAAGUAGGGAAGGUUUCGACACCAUGCAUACUUCAAACUUGGUCAUCAUUCGCAAUGGGAUCGCCUCAAAAGCUAUCGAAAGAUAUUUGAUUCUGUACCGGGUGUAUCUGGAUGGAGUGUAUCCUGACCCGCCCGGAUACACCGAAACUGGCAUCGAUGUGGCUACGUACAGACAGUAUCAAGCAGAUGCCUGCACGAUCUUGUAAACUGAGAAUAUUUAAUUUUUUGGCUAACUGGACUGUGCCCUUAACAGAUAUUCGAUUUUUGGGCAUUAUAUAACACAGCAUAAGCGCCUGUUGCGUUGCAGUGUUGUAUUACGGCAGUCAAUAAUCUGCGGUCUAAUGAAAUAUUAUUCUUUAAAAAAGAGGCAAAAGACAAUAUUUUCUACGAGAAACAUGAAGACAUAUUAAACUGUUUUUAAACCAUGA